CACACCUUAUUGAUACGGUUUGAGUGUUUUUAUUGCUUUUCUGUGUUAUUUUUUAUGAAAUAAAGUGAAUAAUCGUGUUUAAAGCAGUUAUUUUAGUGAUUGAAUUGUUUAUUUGUGCUUAUUUGAAAAAGGAUUAUUGAAUUAGUAAGAGAUGGCAGCCCUAACAGAUCCUUAUGGUACAACUGGACAGCUAACAUUGAAGUGGGAUCCCAAGAACUUGGAGAUCAGAACAACAUCGGUGGAGCGCACUUUGGAGCCUCUUGUACUGCAAGUGACUACACUUGUUAACAGCAAGGAUAAGACAGCUAAGAAGAAGAGACCGGGUAAAUCUAAGCGUGCAAGUGCUCUAGUUGCAACAGUGGAGCGAGCCACUGAGAUCUUCAUUGAACGUGGUCAGACCAUAGCUUAUGAGAAUCCAGAGAUUACUCAGGAGAUGCUUGCUGCUGUGGAGGAGGUCAGGAAAGCUGGUGCGGCGAUGUCUCUCGCUGCGCGUGAGUUCUCCGAGGAGCCGUGCGCGUCAGCAGUGCGCAGCGCGAUGGUGCGAGCUGCGCGUGCGCUGCUCUCCGCCGUCACACGUCUCCUCAUCCUGGCUGAUAUGGUGGAUGUACAUCUUCUCCUCGCUAAGCUUAGAGCUGUGGAAACUGAUCUGGAUAAGCUGAAGUCAGCAUCAUCACAAUCAGAGCUGGUGGAAUCAGCUCGUCAGUUCGGGCGCUCAGCUAACGAGCUGGCCGCGCAGGCAGCUAAGCGUCAGAAGGAGUUGAAAGAACCAAGGAUGAAGGAUGAACUGGCAGCGGCAAGAGCUGUGCUGAAGAAGCACUCUACUAUGCUGCUCACAGCUUCCAAGGUAUAUGUGCGUCACCCGGAGCUGGCCGCUGCUAAAGCUAACAGGGACUUUGUUCUGCGCGCUGUUUGCUCAGCGGUAGACACCAUAUCAGCUGUCGCACAAGGACGACCGCUGCCAGCUGGGGCCAACAAUCGCCCUCCUAUUGAAGGUCCCGGGGAAUUGGCUCAAGCGCUCGAUGAUUUUGAUGAGCGCAUGGUGAUGGAGCCUCUCGCGUACUCUGAACUGCGCACGCGACCCUCGCUGGAGGAGCGACUGGAGUCCAUCAUCAGCGGCGCUGCACUCAUGGCUGAUAGUUCCUGCACCAGGGACGAGAGACGCGAGCGCAUCGUGGCGGAGUGCAACGCGGUGAGACAGGCGCUUCAGGAGUUGUUACACGAGUACAUGACCAAUGCAGGUAAAGCUGAGCAGUCUGAGGGUCUGGAGCGUGCUAUAGAACAUAUGUGCCGUAAGACGCGCGACUUGCGUCGUCAACUGCGCAAGGCGGUCGUCGACCACGUCUCUGAUAGCUUUUUGGAGACGAAUGUACCUCUCCUGGUGCUGAUGGAGGCAGCUCGCAAUGGCAAUGAGAAGGAAGUGGAGGAGUACGCCAUUGUGUUCACUGAACAUGCCAACAAACUGGUCGAGGUGGCGAACUUAGUCUGCUCAAUGUCAAACAAUGAAGACGGCGUGAAGAUGGUGCGUCAUGCAGCCGCGCAGAUAGAGGCGCUCUGUCCACAGGUGAUAAACGCAGCUCGUGUGCUGGGCGCGAGGUGCAGGUCUCGCGUGGCUCAGGACAACGGCGCUGCGUUCGCGGCCGCCUGGGACGCCGCGGUGCGCCUGCUGACGCUCGCCGUCGAUGACGUCACCACUAUUGAUGACUUCCUUGCUGUUAGCGAGAAUCAUAUCCUGGAGGACGUGAACAAAUGUGUGGUGGCGCUGCAAGAGGGAGAUCCUGACUCCUUGGAGAGAACUGCUGGUGCUAUACGUGGGAGAGCGGCAAGGGUAUGUUCUGUGGUGACACAAGAGAUGGACAACUACGAGCCUUGUAUCUACACCAAGCGAGUUCUUGAAGCUGUCACCGUGCUGAGAGACCAGGUGAUGUCAAAGUUCGCAGUGCGCGUGGACGCAGCUGUGUCUGCUCUGGGCAGCGGCGCAGGCGCAGGUCUGGAUGAGAACGACUUCAUAGAUGCUUCCCGUUUGGUCUACGAUGGGGUCAGAGAGAUCAGACGUGCGGUGUUGAUGAACCGGACAAGCGAUGAUCUUGACACUGACACCGAAUUUGAACCAGUUGAAGACAUGACCAUGGAGACGAGGAGUAGAUCGAGCGCCCAUACUGGGGAGCACGGAGUCGAUGAAUAUCCUGAUAUUAGUGGAAUUACUAAUGCUAGGGAAGCGAUGCGUAAAAUGACAGAAGAAGACAAGCGCAAGAUCCUGCAGCAAGUGGAACUGUUCAGGCGCGAGAAGAUGACUUUCGACAACGAGGUCGCCAAGUGGGAUGAUGCUGGCAACGACAUCAUCAUGUUGGCUAAACAUAUGUGCAUGAUUAUGCUCGAAAUGACGGACUUUACGAGAGGUCGUGGUCCACUCAAGACCACGAUGGACGUCAUCAACGCAGCUAAGAAGAUAUCAGAGGCCGGCACAAAAUUGGAUAAACUGACUAGAGAGAUUGCUGAACAGUGUCCGGAAUCAUCGACCAAACAAGAUCUGCUGGCGUACUUGCAGCGUAUAGCUCUCUACUGUCACCAGAUACAGAUCACCAGCAAGGUGAAGGCAGACGUGCAGAAUAUAUCUGGAGAGCUGAUCGUCAGUGGAUUGGACAGCGCAACAUCACUGAUACAAGCAGCUAAGAACUUGAUGAACGCGGUUGUGUUGACUGUGAAGGCGUCAUACGUCGCCUCCACAAAGUACACGAGACAGGGAACCAUCGCUUCCCCGAUAGUUGUGUGGCGCAUGAAGGCUCCGGAGAAGAAGCCGCUGAUACGUCCCGAGCGGCCGGAGGAGGUGCGCGCCAAAGUGCGCCGCGGCAGUCAGAAGAAGCAGCCCAGCCCGGUGAGGGCGCUCGCAGAGUUCCAGAGCCCCGCUGAGAAUGUUUAGAUGACGAAAAGAGAACAGUCAAGAAAUAAAAAGAACAUA